AUGGCGCGGAAGUACGCCCUACUGGUGGUCGACAUGCAGGAACGCCUCCGAGGAAUGAUGGAGGCGAUGGGGAUCAUCCCGCGCGUGGUGAAGCUGGUGAAGCACUGCCACGAGAUGGGCGUGCCCGUCGUCUUCAUUCAGCACCACGACGUGAGCGGAUUGGGGUCGAAUGACCCCAUCGUCAAAGGGACCGAGGACUGGGAGCUGCUCCCGGAAAUGCAGGAAGUACUGGAUCCGGAAAAAGACAUCCGGGUCCAGGAUAAAACCAAACGCGACGCAUUCUUCAAGACGAAGUUGGAGGAGGAACUACGCUCGCGCGGCGUGAACGCCGUCGUGGUGGUCGGGGCCAUGACCAACCUCUGCUGCGAGACCACGGCCCGGUCCGCCUUCUGCAGGGACUUCGAUGUCGUGUUCCUCGAAGACGGUAAUGCGACGAUGGAUGCGAAGUACCACGAGGCGACCUUGCUCAAUCUGGGUGUGGGGUUUGCGAAGAUCAUGACGGCGGCUGAGUGCGAGAACAUCUUCCAAUAG